AUCUGGAAACUGACCAUGCUCCAAGCCUUUGUUCAGCCGGCGACACCCGCAUACCAGCCGCUCACCGGCCAGCCACCGGCAGAAAUCGAGACGAAGUUUAAGGGCACUUUGGUGCAUGAAGCCCAGCUCAACUAUUUCUACAUACCCCCUGGAGGUUCCAACUAUGGGAGCCCGCGCCCAGCUCAUGCCAACAUGAAUGCCAAUGCCGCUGCGGGGCUCGCCCCUGAGCACAUCCCCACCCCAGGGGCAGCCCUGUCCUGGCAGGCGGCCAUUGAUGCAGCCAGGCAGGCCAAGCUGAUGGGCAGCGCCGGCAACGCCACCAUCUCCACGGUCAGCUCCACACAACGUAAGCGGCAGCAGUACGGGAAACCCAAGAAGCAGGGCAGCACCACUGCCACACGCCCGCCGCGGGCCCUGCUCUGCCUGACGCUGAAGAACCCCAUCAGGAGGGCCUGCAUCAGCAUUGUAGAAUGGAAACCAUUUGAAAUCAUUAUUUUACUGACUAUUUUUGCCAAUUGUGUGGCCUUAGCGAUCUAUAUUCCCUUUCCAGAAGAUGACUCCAACGCCACCAAUUCCAACCUGGAACGAGUGGAAUAUCUCUUUCUCAUCAUUUUUACUGUGGAAGCAUUUUUAAAAGUAAUAGCCUAUGGACUUCUCUUUCACCCCAACGCUUACCUCCGCAAUGGCUGGAAUCUUCUAGACUUUAUAAUUGUGGUUGUAGGGCUUUUUAGUGCAAUUUUAGAGCAAGCAACCAAAGCAGACGGGGCCAACGCUCUAGGAGGGAAAGGGGCUGGAUUUGACGUGAAGGCGCUGAGGGCUUUCCGUGUGCUGCGCCCCCUACGCCUGGUGUCCGGUGUGCCAAGUCUCCAGGUGGUUCUGAAUUCCAUUAUCAAGGCCAUGGUGCCCCUGCUGCAUAUUGCUCUGCUUGUGCUGUUUGUCAUCAUCAUCUACGCUAUCAUCGGCCUGGAGCUUUUUAUGGGGAAGAUGCAUAAGACCUGCUACAACCUGGAGGGCAUAACAGAUGUUCCAGCAGAAGAUGAUCCUUCCCCUUGUGCUCUGGAAUCAGGCCACGGGCGGCAGUGCCAAAACGGCACUGUGUGUAAGCCCGGGUGGGAUGGGCCCAAGCACGGCAUCACCAACUUUGACAAUUUUGCCUUCGCCAUGUUGACCGUGUUCCAGUGCAUCACCAUGGAGGGCUGGACUGACGUGCUAUACUGGAUGCAGGACGCUAUGGGCUAUGAGUUACCCUGGGUGUAUUUUGUCAGUCUGGUCAUCUUUGGAUCCUUUUUCGUUCUAAAUCUGGUUCUCGGUGUGUUGAGCGGCGAGUUUUCCAAAGAGAGGGAGAAAGCCAAGGCACGGGGAGAUUUCCAAAAGCUUCGAGAGAAGCAGCAGCUGGAAGAAGACCUCAAGGGCUACCUGGAUUGGAUCACUCAGGCAGAAGACAUCGACCCUGAGAAUGAAGACGAAGGCAUGGAUGAGGAGAAGCCCCGAAACAUGAGCAUGCCCACAAGUGAGACGGAAUCGGUCAACACAGAAAAUGUGGCUGGAGGUGACAUCGAGGGAGAAAACUGUGGGGCCAGGCUGGCUCACCGAAUCUCCAAAUCCAAGUUCAGUCGUUACUGGCGCCGGUGGAAUCGGUUCUGCAGAAGAAAGUGUCGGGCCGCUGUCAAGUCAAAUGUCUUCUAUUGGCUUGUGAUUUUCCUGGUGUUUCUGAACACACUGACUAUUGCCUCGGAACAUUACAACCAACCCCACUGGCUCACGGAAGUCCAAGACACUGCCAAUAAGGCGUUACUGGCCCUUUUCACGGCGGAGAUGCUACUGAAGAUGUACAGCCUGGGCCUCCAGGCCUAUUUUGUGUCCCUCUUCAACCGCUUCGACUGCUUCAUUGUGUGUGGGGGCAUCCUGGAGACCAUCCUGGUGGAGACCAAGAUAAUGUCCCCUUUGGGCAUCUCUGUGCUGAGAUGUGUCCGGCUACUAAGGAUAUUUAAAAUCACAAGGUACUGGAACUCCUUGAGCAACCUGGUGGCAUCGUUGCUGAAUUCUGUGCGCUCCAUUGCCUCCCUGCUGCUGCUUCUCUUCCUUUUCAUCAUCAUCUUCUCCCUCCUGGGCAUGCAGCUCUUUGGAGGAAAGUUCAACUUUGAUGAGAUGCAGACCCGGAGGAGCACAUUUGAUAACUUUCCUCAGUCCCUCCUCACCGUGUUUCAGAUCCUGACCGGGGAGGACUGGAAUUCGGUGAUGUAUGAUGGGAUCAUGGCUUAUGGCGGCCCCUCUUUUCCAGGGAUGUUAGUCUGUAUUUACUUCAUCAUCCUCUUCAUCUGUGGAAAUUAUAUCCUACUGAACGUGUUCUUGGCCAUUGCUGUGGACAACCUAGCUGAUGCCGAGAGCCUCACAUCAGCCCAAAAGGAGGAGGAAGAAGAGAAGGAGAGGAAGAAGCUGGCCAGGACCACCAGCCCAGAAAAGAAACAAGAGGUGGUAGAGAAAGCAGUAGUUGAUGAGACCAAGGAGGAGAAAAUUGAACUGAAAUCUAUUACAGCUGAUGGAGAAUCUCCCCCCACUACAAAGAUUAACAUGGAUGACCUCCAGCCCAAUGAAAAUGAGGACAAGAGCCCCUACUCCAACCCAGAAACCCCAGGAGAGGAUGAUGAAGAGGAGCCUGAGAUGCCUGUGGGCCCCCGCCCACGCCCCCUCUCUGAGCUGCACCUCAAGGAAAAGGCAGUACCUAUGCCGGAAGCCAGUGCGUUUUUCAUCUUCAGCCCCAACAACAGGUUUCGUGUCCAGUGCCACCGCAUCGUCAACGACACGAUCUUCACCAACUUGAUACUCUUCUUCAUCCUGCUCAGCAGCAUUUCCCUGGCCGCCGAAGACCCUGUCCAGCAAACCUCCUUCAGGAACUAUAUCCUAGGCAAUGCAGACUAUGUCUUCACUAGUAUCUUUACAUUAGAAAUUAUCCUUAAGAUGACUGCUUACGGGGCUUUCCUGCACAAGGGCUCAUUUUGCCGGAACUACUUUAACAUCUUGGACCUGCUCGUGGUCAGCGUGUCCCUCAUCUCCUUUGGCAUCCAGUCCAGUGCAAUCAAUGUUGUGAAGAUCUUGCGAGUUCUGAGGGUACUCAGGCCCUUGCGGGCCAUCAACAGGGCCAAGGGACUAAAGCAUGUGGUUCAGUGUGUGUUCGUUGCCAUCCGGACCAUCGGAAACAUUGUGAUUGUCACCACACUGCUGCAGUUCAUGUUUGCCUGCAUCGGGGUCCAGCUCUUCAAGGGAAAGCUUUACACCUGUUCAGAUAGUUCCAAACAGACUGAGGCAGAAUGCAAGGGAAACUAUAUCACAUAUAAAGAUGGUGAAGUUGACCACCCGAUCAUUCAGCCUCGGAGCUGGGAGAACAGCAAGUUUGACUUUGACAAUGUUCUGGCAGCCAUGAUGGCCCUGUUUACUGUCUCCACCUUUGAGGGAUGGCCAGAGCUGUUGUACCGCUCCAUUGACUCCCACACCGAAGACAAAGGUCCCAUCUAUAACUACCGCGUGGAGAUCUCCAUCUUUUUCAUCAUCUACAUUAUCAUCAUUGCCUUCUUCAUGAUGAACAUCUUCGUGGGUUUCGUCAUUGUCACCUUCCAGGAACAAGGGGAACAGGAAUACAAGAACUGUGAGCUGGACAAGAACCAGCGGCAGUGUGUGGAAUAUGCCCUUAAGGCUCGGCCCCUGCGGAGGUACAUCCCCAAGAAUCAACACCAGUACAAAGUGUGGUAUGUUGUCAACUCCACCUACUUUGAGUACCUGAUGUUUGUCCUCAUCCUGCUCAACACCAUCUGCUUGGCCAUGCAGCACUACGGUCAGAGCUGUCUGUUCAAAAUCGCCAUGAAUAUCCUCAACAUGCUCUUCACUGGCCUCUUCACCGUGGAGAUGAUUCUGAAGCUCAUUGCCUUCAAACCCAAGGGUUACUUUAGUGAUCCCUGGAAUGUUUUUGACUUCCUCAUCGUAAUUGGCAGCAUAAUUGACGUCAUUCUCAGUGAAACGAAUCACUAUUUCUGUGAUGCAUGGAAUACAUUUGACGCCUUGAUUGUUGUGGGUAGCAUUGUUGAUAUAGCAAUCACCGAGGUAAACCCAACUGAACAUACCCAAUGCUCUCCCUUUAUGAACGCAGAGGAGAACUCCCGCAUCUCCAUCACCUUCUUUCGCCUCUUCCGGGUCAUGCGCCUGGUCAAGCUGCUGAGCCGCGGGGAAGGCAUCCGGACACUGCUGUGGACCUUCAUCAAGUCCUUCCAGGCCCUGCCUUAUGUGGCUCUUCUGAUCGUGAUGCUGUUUUUCAUCUACGCUGUGAUUGGCAUGCAGGUGUUUGGGAAAAUCGCCCUGAAUGACACCACAGAGAUCAACCGGAACAACAACUUUCAGACCUUCCCCCAAGCAGUGCUGCUGCUCUUCAGAUGUGCGACCGGAGAGGCUUGGCAGGACAUCAUGCUGGCCUGCAUGCCAGGGAAGAAGUGUGCCCCAGAGUCGGAGCCCGGCAACAGCACUGAAGGGGAGACACCCUGUGGCAGCAGCUUCGCAGUCUUCUACUUCAUCAGCUUCUACAUGCUCUGUGCCUUCCUGAUCAUCAAUCUCUUUGUAGCUGUUAUAAUGGACAACUUUGACUACCUAACAAGAGACUGGUCAAUCCUUGGUCCCCACCAUCUGGAUGAAUUUAAAAGAAUUUGGGCAGAAUAUGACCCUGAAGCCAAGGGUCGUAUCAAACACCUAGAUGUGGUUACUCUUCUCCGGCGGAUUCAGCCCCCAUUGGGUUUCGGGAAGCUGUGCCCUCACCGCGUGGCUUGCAAACGCCUGGUCUCCAUGAACAUGCCUCUGAAUAGUGAUGGCACAGUCAUGUUCAAUGCCACCCUGUUUGCGUUGGUCCGGACAGCCCUGAGAAUCAAAACAGAAGGAAACCUAGAACAAGCCAACGAGGAGUUGAGGGCCAUAAUCAAGAAGAUCUGGAAGCGAACCAGCAUGAAACUGCUGGACCAAGUGGUGCCCCCUGCAGGUGACGAUGAGGUCACAGUUGGCAAGUUUUAUGCUACCUUCUUGAUCCAAGAGUAUUUCCGGAAAUUCAAGAAACGCAAAGAGCAAGGUCUUGUGGGAAAGCCUUCCCAGAGGAACGCCCUAUCCCUGCAGGCUGGCUUACGUACACUGCAUGACAUUGGGCCCGAGAUCCGGCGGGCCAUCUCUGGAGACCUGACAGCAGAAGAGGAGUUGGACAAGGCCAUGAAGGAGGCUGUGUCUGCUGCCUCUGAAGACGACAUCUUCAGGAGGGCUGGUGGCUUAUUUGGCAACCACGUCAGCUACUACCAAAGUGACAGCCGGAGCGCUUUCCCCCAGACCUUCACCACCCAGCGCCCGCUGCACAUCAACAAGACGGGUAACACCCAAGGCGACACAGAGUCACCCUCCCACGAGAAGUUGGUGGACUCCACUUUCACUCCAAGCAGCUACUCAUCAACCGGCUCCAACGCCAACAUCAACAAUGCCAACAACACUGCGCUGGGUCGCUUCCCCCGCCCUGCAGGCCGCCCUGGCAUGCUCAGCACCGUGGAGGGCCAUGGGUCCUCCUGGUCUCCUGCCAUCCGGGUGCCGGAGGCAACAUGGAAGCUCAGCUCCAAGAGGUACCACUCCCGGGAGAGCCAGAUAGCCAUGGUGUGUCAGGAGGAGAUGACUCGGGAUGACACCUACAGCGUGAAGAGGAGGGAGGAUGCUGAGGAGUACUGCAGUGAGCCCAGCCUGCUCUCCACAGAGAUGCUGUCCUAUCAAGAUGAUGAAAACCGACAACUGACACCCCCUGAGGAGGACAAGCGGGACAUUCGGCAAUCUCCAAAGAGAGGCUUCCUCCGUUCUGCCUCCCUAGGUCGGAGGGCCUCUUUCCACCUGGAAUGCCUGAAGCGACAGAAGAAUCAAGGGGGGGACAUCUCUCAAAAGACAGUCUUGCCCUUGCAUUUGGUUCAUCAUCAGGCGCUGGCAGUGGCAGGCCUGAGCCCCCUCCUCCAGAGAAGCCAUCCCCCCACCUCAUUGCCCAGGCCCUGUGCCACCCCUCCUGCCACCUCUGGAAGCCGAGGAUGGCCCCCACAGCCCAUCCCCACCCUGAGGCUGGAGGGGGCCGAGUCCACAGAGAAACUCAACAGCAGUUACCCAUCCGUCCACUGCAGCUCCUGGGCUGAGGAGCCCACUCCCUGCAGUGGGGACGGCAGCAUCCGGAGAACCCGGCCUGUGUCCCUCACUGUGCCCAGCCCGGCCGGGGCCCCAGGAAGGCAGUUCCAUGGCAGUGCCAGCAGUCUGGUUGAAGCGGUUUUGAUUUCAGAAGGACUGGGGCAGUUUGCUCAAGAUCCCAAGUUUAUCGAGGUGACAACCCAAGAGCUGGCUUACGCCUGCGACAUGACAAUAGAGGAGAUGGAAAAUGCGGCUGACAACAUCCUCAGCGGGGGCGCCCAGCAGAGCCCCAACGGCACCCUGCUGCCUUUUAUCAACUGCAGGGACCCUGGGCAGGAUGGAGCAGAGGGCGGGGAGGGUGAGCCCCACGUGCCCGGCCUGGAGUGUCGCAAGAGUGAGGAGGAAUUCCAGGACAGCAGAGCCUACAUCAGCAGCCUGUAGUAGCCAGGGCUGGGCAGAUGCUGGGAUUUUUCUUUGUUUCAAUGUUCCUAAUGGGUUCGUUUCAGAAGUGCCUCACUGUUCUCGUGACCUGGAGUUAACCGGAACAGCGUCUUCAUUCAUUUCGUUGGGACAAGACGCAGAGUUGGGUGGUGCGGAGAGUCAGCUUUUCAGGGGGCGAGGAAAGCAGCGACCCCAGUGUGGCCCACGGAGGUAGAGUGGUGAGGAGGAGGUGGAAGAGCCGGGAAGGGCGAGCCCAGGAGAAACAUGCACCCUCCCCGCUCCAUGCCAGGCCCUGCAGGAGCCCGCCGUCGCCUGGGUGCAGCUCAACACGCACGGUAGCCCUCACUAAAGGACCCAAUGCCAGACGGGUGUCUUUCAACUUUGCUUGUUAAAAAAAAAAGUCAUUUUGCACAUAAUCUGUAUGAGCCUCACUGUCUCUUUAGAGCCAGGGUCCUGUGGAUUUGCAGAGGGAAGUGGGGGCAGGACUCCAGGGAGGACUCCAGGGAGGACCCAGCUCCGACAGGGAGCCAGGUGAGGGCUUUGCACGCGGGCUUCCAACUCCCCCACCCGCAUCGAGAUCACCUUCUCGCACUGGUCACGGUGGGCCCUGGCUCACUCCGGGAAGUGGGCUCUGCACUCCAGGGAGGAGCCAGCUGCCGGCUCUUGGCAAAACCAGGUGGUGCUGAGCUUCCGUUGAGCGAGCGCUCUUGGGUUUGGUGGUCUGACAUUUUUCUUGAUUGCAUGUUGCUGUUUUGGGUUUUUUGGGGUUUUUUUUUUCAUCUGUUUUCCCAGGGGAGGGAAGGAAGAAGCGUGUUUACAAAGUUCUGUUGCUGCCCACCUUACUGUUUUCACUUUUGCAAAUGUAAAUCAGGUUUGGUUUUACUGUAUUAUUUAAAUCUUUCUUUCUUUCCUUUUUUUUCUGCAUCAGUUUCAAUAGAGCUGCUGUAGGAGAGUUUUGCCCACCAUUGUGUAUGCCCAAUAAUUUGAUAUUAUUUUCUUAGGUAGUAACAAUAACAAACAUUUUGGGGGUUUUGGUUUGGUUUUGAAAGAUAAAGGUCAGCAUCAGUGCUCCUUCAGUGGUCAUAUAUGUCGGGGACCGAGUUGGGUUUUAAUGCUGGGUGUAUGGGGGGGUGCUGUGGAGAAGAAGCAGGUGUCUGUGAGUGAGUGUGGCGGGGGGCCUGUGUUUGAUAUGUGUGUGUACCCAUGCAGUGCACCCCUGCACAGUACACAGCCUCCCCUCUCUGAGUGAAUUUGGGGGAGAUGGGAAUAUAGGGCCAUCUGAAAGCAAAAACAAACCACUGUCUCUGCUUCUGAAACAGGAAUCAAUAAUUCUUUGCAUUUUCUGUCCCACAAGAUAUGCAAAAACAAUGCAAUAAUAUUCAUUUAAAAAUACAAUUGUGAGUUGUGUUGGCAUUAAAACUGUAUUUAAGAACACACACAGAGAAAUUUAAAGAAAAAUCUCAAGAAGGCAGUUUGCUUCGAUUUAUUCGUGUAAUGUUUUAUUGCAUUGAUAAUGUUUCUGUUGAAGAAACUGUUAUACUUGAAUUCAGGUCAGUUUCAGUAUUUUACAAAUAUUUUUUUAAAACUGAAUUGCGAUUGUGCCAAGCGAAUAAUAAUGAAUUGAAUUAAGUUUGUUUUUUGAAGUCACUUCUUGUAUAUUUUGCUGCAUGUAAGUAAAUCAUUUUGUAUUUGGA